AUGAAGCUCCAAGCCACUCUUGCCGCAAUUCUGCUGCCUCUGGUCGCCCUCGCUGCUCCUGUCGCUGAGGCUGCUGCUGAGGCUGCCCAGGCUAUUCCUGUGGCCAGGGCUCAAUCUGCGCGUCGCGCUACUGGCCUUGAGGAGCUGAGCAAGCGCUCCAAGGUCUCGUGCAAAAUUGUGAACAGCGAUUCUGCCCAGGUGAACUGCCGCAGCGGACCUGGUACUCAAUUCUCGGUUGUUGGCUAUGUCACCACCGGUGACACCUACACAUUUCACUGUUACGAGUCGGGCAGUUGCUACGAAAACAACUGCACCUGGGACCAGGUUCCGCUUGAAGGCGGCGGCUACUGCUAUGUCAACGGCUACUACACCAGCAGUGCGUGUUCUGCCGCGCAUCCCCAGGCACUUGUCAUCAUCAUGAUGCGAUCUCUGUGGAGGGUCUCAAACAAGAAACGCCCCAGGGUGGAUUGGUCAGCGUCCCCAGAGAGCAUGCAUUGCGAUGAUAGCAGCGUCACGCUGGAGCCUGCUUUUGGCUGGGGAUGUCUGGCAAGCUCCUCGAUGCAGCAGGCGGUCAUCCGCAAUGUCGUGAUUGCUGCGCCGGCAGAAUGGCCCGGCAGUGGGCCAGAGGGCAUCGGAUGGAAGAUGCCAGGCACGAAAAUCCGAGAUGAUGUCGUGAUUGCCCCUGCGUUUCCUUAUAUUCCUACCAUUGUCAUCUCAGACUCCAUCCUCAAGCUCUCUCGUGCCUCCCAAGUUGUGUCCUUGGUCCCAUUUACAGCUCCAAGUCUCUGA